GCCGGCUCCUUCAUAAAAUACUCCGUGUAGUUAUCAAAUUCAAUUCAUUGAUUGACUGAUCAAAAGCCAUGCAAUUGUCUUCCUGAAUCAAACAACUUCUGGGUUAAAAUAAAUCCAUAAAGAUCGGUUUUGACAAAAAUGACAACACCUAGUUAUGACUCGGAUUCCAAUAGCUCAUCAUCUAGUGAUGAUUCAUAUACAUUAUCUACACAGAUGCUCAAUCAGCUAAGGAGGGAUGAUGACAUUUUUGCCGAAAUGAACAUUGAUGUAGUGGAGGCAUGUGCAGUUCACGUCCCAUUGAUAUUGUCUCCUAUGCUAAUAUGUAGCAAAGAUCCUCAUGGCGGUUCAAUAAGUGGUAGACGACAUAUAAAUCGUGAUAGGAAAGAACGUCAUGAUCUAAUUGUCAAUGAUUAUUUCAAUGGUGAGAACUCAAAGUAUACACCUGAGAAAUUUCGUCGACGAUUUCGGAUGGACAUCAAAUUAUUCCAACGAAUUUUGAGAGCAAUUGAGGCCUAUGAUGAUUAUUUUACACAAAAGGUUGACGCGAUUGGAAAACCCGGGCUUAGUCCUUUACAAAAAGUCAUAGCUUCAAUACGUAUGUUAGCAUACGGUUGUGCAGCGGAUAUUCUUGACGAGUAUGUCCAGAUUGGAGAGAGCACGGCAAUUGAAAGCUUGAAACGAUUCUGCGAUGCUAUUAUUGGCAUUUUUGAAAAGCAAUAUUUACGAAAACCGAACAAAGAUGAUGUUGCAAGACUUUUGAAAGAGGGAGAAGACCGUGGAUUUCCAGGUAUGCUUGGUAGUUUAGAUUGUAUGCAUUGGCAUUGGAAAAAUUGUCCAACAGCCUGGCAUGGGACACAUACUAAUGGUUUCAAAAGAGUUCCAACCCUCAUUUUGGAAAUUGUAGCAUCUAAAAAUUUGUGGAUUUGGCAUGCAUUUUUUGGAAUGGCCGGUACAAAUAACGAUGUUAAUGUUUUGGAUAGAUCUCCCUUAUUUGAUGACCUUGUUAAUGAUAGAGCACCGCUAUGCAAUUAUGUAGUGAAUGGUCAUCAUUACAAUAUGGGGUACUAUCUAUCAGAUGGGAUUUAUCCAGAAUAUGCCACAUUAAUCCAAACUAUUUCAAAUCCAUCUUCUCUCAAGGAAAAAUUAUUUGCAAGACAUCAAGAGUCUGUGAGUAGGGGUGGAAAUAGGCCAGCCGGCCUGUCAGGGGCCUGUGGCCUGGCCUGUUAAAAGCCUGGCCUGGCCUGGCCUGUUUAGUAAUCAAGCCAGGCUUGGGCUUUUUAAAAAGCCCGUUUAUUUAAAAAGGCCAGGCCUAGCCUAAUUCUG